UCUCAGCCUUUCCCUUAAAUUCAAUAAUCUUAUUCAUCUUUGUUCUGGAAGAGAGAGAGAGAGAGAGAGAGAGAGAGAGAGAGAGAGAGAGAAACCUUCUUUCUUCAUCCAUGGCGCCAUCGCUGCAGUCAAUCUUAUCAACACCAUCCUCACCAAUGGGGAGAGUAGAGAAGGCAACAAGCUCUGUUCUCAUGGCUCCAAACUGGCUCAUAAAUACGGACAUAACCCACACAAUAAACUCCAAUCCAUGGAAGGCAAAACCUUUUGUCAAGGCUGUGAAGAAACGCCUGCGAAACAAGAACUCCAGGGUUCAGUUCCUUGCUCUGACGCUUUUGGAGGCGAUGGUGAAGAAUUGUGGUGAUUUUGUGCAUUUUCAAGUUGUGGAUGUUGGAAUCCUGCAGGAAAUGGUCAAGAUUGUAAGAAAUACUAGAAAUAUGCAAGUGAGGGAGAAAAUUUUAGUACUGCUGGAAUAUUGGCAAGAGGAAUUUGGUGGGCCCAAUGGAAAGUAUCCGCAAUACUACUACACAUACGCUGAACUUAAGAGGUCCGGCAUACGGUUCGUACAGAGCCAAGUAGAAGAUGAUCUGCCAAUAACAAAUGAAACUCAAGUAGUCGAAAGAUUUGAUGAAGUAAUGGCAUCUGAAAGUUUCACAGAUUUGGUAAAUAUAAAAAAUGUUAUGGACUUAUUCAACAAUAUGCUGCAGGCUAUCAACCCAAAAGAUGAUGAAGCAAUCAAAGAUGAAGUUAUUACAGAUCUUGCCAGUCAGUGUCGUAUAAACCAGAAGAAGCUCAUGCAGCUGAUUGACACAACCGAGAAUGAUGGCUUCCUGCGUGAAGCACUUGCAACGAAUGACAGCUUACAAAAUGCACUUUCAAAAUAUGACGCACUUAUAAGACCAAGCGUCCCUCCUCCCCUUGCUCCUGCAAUCGCUGAACAAUCUGACGACAAAGAGGAAGAAGAAGAUGGUUUUUCACAUUUAGCAAAUAGGAAAUCUUUACUUAAAACAACUGGAGAACAAGAGAUCUCAGCAAACAAGGAUGGUGUAGACAAAAGCGAUGCAUUGAUCGUAUUUGAUCCCCCAGCGCCAGCUGAUUCUUCCAAGAAUGAAAGAGACAUGAUUGAUCUCCUGAGUCUCACAUUAUCUCCUCAAACAGAUAUGCCGUCGCCCCCGCCACCGCCUACAGCUAACCAGAAUCAAAAUCCAUUCUCCAAUUCUCCCAAUUGGGAAGAGUAUCAUAACUAUUCUCAGCCACGUAUGCCAAAUGAAGGAUAUACUACCUAUAACAGUUACAUCGCACCUUGGUCUCAAGUUGAUGUUGUUGAACAAUUACCACAGUAUACAAAUAACUAUCUAGCCACACCAUGGAUUUCUCCUGAAGCAAGCUUGAACCCCUUUGUAUCAGCAACAUCCACUCAGACCCAAUACCCGGAAUCUCAGUCUAGAGCGGUUAUAGGUUCCUCUGCUUCAACUGGGAUAGCAGAGAAUUCCAAAGCUCUACAGAAUUUUCGCUCAUUUGGGUCGAAAGAAAACCAGAUAUAUGCCACUCUAAUAAAUCUGAGAGACCCUUCCAGCGCUCCAAAACCAUACAAGCCAGACAAUCUAUUUGACGAUCUGAUAAAGUUGAGGAAUUCGGAUGGGAGUCUGAAAACCAGAGAUGUAUCAAGUCUCUGGGGAUCAGGGCAAGGCAUGGCAAGUGUUAAGUGAUAAGGUCAUAAUGGCUAUGUUGCGUUACUAAUAGCCAUGCAAAGUGGUUCCAUGGUGUGUGAAUAUCAUGAGAAGUGAUGGCUUCUUCCCUUUCCUCUGCAAUGAUUGAUUAUAUUAUAUUAUAGUGUUUAUGAGACUUGGAUUUUAUUGACUUGAUGUAUGAGUUUGUUUGGAUCUUGCAACCCUUUUUGCAUCUAUUGUAAAGUAUUUUAUUUUGAAAA